AACCGAUUCUCUAAAUGAAUUGGAUUCCCAACGCUACUGACUGGGUGACGCAUGCGCACACGGCUUUGUGCGUCAGUUAGCGCGAGCGUUCCUUCAUCACAACGGAGACGCUCCGCCGUUAAGUCGUUGUUUCACCGGGAGAAAAACGUCUGGUUUUCGCCGCUGCCAGUUCCUCUGAGGAUUUGUUCUUCGGGGGGCUUGAUGUCUGACAUCUUUCCAACAUGGACUUAAUGAUAAUUUCUGUGUCUUUAUUAUUCCUUCUCUUGCCGGGCCGGAGUCUCGCACAGCACAACGGAUAGAGGCCUCCGCGCGCCUGCUCGAUUAACGGAGAGCCCGCGCGGAGCCACAACAGACACGGGCGAGUAUCCCACGGCUGUUUGGAGGUCAGACGCUCUUAAUCUGACAGGAGUCGUGCUGUAACGUAGCGGCUGAGGGAGACAGAACCAGUUGGGGCUGGUGUUGAUGUGGGGAAAAAUGGAGACCCCGACGAUCGUGUACGAUCUGGAUACCUCCGGCGGGCUGAUGGAGCAAAUCCAGACUCUGCUGGCGCCACCCAAAUCUGAGGAUGGAGAAAAACGGACCAGGAAACCGGACAGGAGCACCAGGAGAGCCGGCAGGGCCACCAAUCACGAUACCUGCGACAGCUGCCGGGAAGGAGGGGACCUGCUGUGUUGUGAUCACUGCCCCGCUGCCUUCCAUCUACAGUGCUGUAACCCGCCAUUGAGCAGAGAAAUGCUGCCCCCUGGAGACUGGAUGUGCCAUCGCUGCACUGUUCGCAAGAAGAAAAGGGAACAGAAGAAGGAACAAAUUAACGGUCUGUUGGAGCUGCAGCUGGGGAAGCAGACGCCUUCUCCUGCUCCUGAGCAGGAAUGUGGGACAUUACGUCUGGAUCCUUCCGUGGGGUCGGGCGGCACAGGGCUUCGGGCCGCUGUCGCUCAGGUACGACUUUUGGAGAGACGACCCAGCAGCCGACCCGCAACGCCCAACUCCAACACUUCUUCCACAGACACGCCCACACCGUCCGAGCAGAACGACAUGGAGGAAGACCUCCUGGAUGUGGAGGAUGAGGCCCAGGGUUCUGAGCCUGAACUCUCAAAUAUCACAACCACCCUCAAAAGACCAUUUGACCUCCUAAUCGCAGCUGCCAUGCAAAUGAACCCUACGCAGUUCCAGCUUCCAAAUGACCUCACUUGCACGACCGCACUUCCAGGCACCAGCAAAAGGAGACGAAGGGAUGAGUUAUCAGCCAAGAACAUUAAACGUCCACAACAUGAACUGGACCAUUUUGGACUGGUUCCACUGCCUGUGAAGGUGUGCUACACAUGCAGCAGGAGCUGUCGAUUGGCUCCACUGAUCCAGUGCGACUAUUGCCCUCUUUUGUUUCAUAUGGACUGUUUGGACCCGCCUCUCACUGCCUUCCCCACAGGCAGGUGGAUGUGUCCCAACCACAUCCAGAACCUAGUACUGAACCAGAGAAGCUUGACCUUCAGCAACCGUUGCCAGUUAUUUGACCAGUUUCAGGACCGCAUAUCCCAGCAUGCCGUCAAACUUGACUUCCUGCAGCGGAUACAUCGGCAGCACCCCCCUACACAGCGAUCAGCUCAUGCCAACAGCAGAAAGACUCUGAAGGUUCCAGAUGCCAUAAAGUCACAGUAUCAGAACCCACCUACUCUGAUGGCCACGGCAGGAAUCCGUGAAGGGGAGCUGAUCUGCACUGGCCUUCCAGAAUCUUUUGCCCCACAGCACUUAGCCAGUGAAGACGAACAGUGUCAGUGGCUCAAAGACGUCAUCUCGCUGCAGUGCAGCAUUAUGAGGCAUUUAUGGAACAGACAAACAUCUCCUUGGGAUUCAGAGCACACAGAAAAGGCUGAUCUGAAACUCAGAGACUCUUGCCAGAGUGCCACCUCAACGGGCAGCCAGAACAUUGCUCCAAAAGUUUCCUGUAGCUCAUGUACUGAUGGACUGUGUCAGAACUGUAAGACCACAAAUGGCCCUGUAGACCGAUUGGUUCAGUCCAAUGGAAUACAGGGUCCUGAUAGAACCCAAGAAAACACCACUGACCAUGAAAUGUCCAGUUUACACACGCCCACUCCACCCAACCAUGCCAACACUGAAACAGAUAUCAAGACUGGGAGAGCCAGCUUAAAGUCCUGUAGUGGCACUGAGGACCCUCCUCCUGCGUGUGUCAAAUCUGAACCCAGCGCUCCAUCAUGUGACCAUGAGAAAACUACAUCAGCUUCAGACACAGCAGAAGCAAAACUCUCAGGCUCUGCUGUAUGUUCAGGAGCGCAUGCUGUUAAACCACAGAAAAGCAUCUCAGACACCGGGUCAAAAGAACCUAACAUGCUGGAGCUGUCCGGACGAAUAAAAGACAUCAUGCAGGACAGCGGAGAAGUUGAGCUUGGCUCAUUGGAUGAGAAAUUUAUCAAGCUUUUAGCAUGGCAGAGGAUUCAGCAGCUCUUUGAAUCGAACACCUCUCCUGUUGAGAGCAGUUCCCCUUCAACUGUGUCACCGACUCACAGGAAAUACAGUGAAGCCCAAAAUAGGGAAGUGCAGGCCAGAGCUUCAUUGUGUUCGGCCUCGGGAAAGGGAAUGGCUGUAAAUAUGUGCUACAGGAGUCUGUACAUCGGGACAGGUGCUGAUAUGGACGUGUGCCUUACAAACUACGGGCAUUGUAACUAUGUUUCAGGGAAACAUGCCUGUAUAUUUUAUGAUGAGAAUACAAAGCAGUAUGAACUGCUGAACUACAGCGAACACGGGACAACCGUCGACAACGUAUUAUAUUCCUGUGACUUCUCUGAGAAGAUGAACCAGAGUCCAUCCAGCAACCUGCUAGCCAAAGUGCAGAACAUCAUCCGACGCUGCAGGAAAAAGGAGCAGGAGGAGUCUGCAAUGGGAGUGGCUGCAACAACAGAGGGUGGAGUUAUGAGCUGCCAGUCCCAAGAUGUUUCCAUCACUCCGUGUAACUGUAAAAACAGCGGCUCCAGUUUGAUUGGAGGCAGUGGUGCAGGAUGGGAAGGCACUGCACUUCUCCAUCACGGAAGCCACGUCAAAGUGGGCUGCUUGCAGUUUAUAUUCAGUAUCACCGAGUUUGCCAGCAAGCCGCUUAAAGAGGAGCUGACUAUCUGCAGCCUCACUCCCACACCUGGCCAACAGGAGGAGCAGCUGAGCAAGACCACGCCCCCUCUGCUCCAACACAAUCUUGUAACUUAACCCUUAAAGCAUCCACUUGUACAGUUUAAACGGUUUCUUAAUUAUUUAAUUGUUUAUACACUUGCAUGAGGUGACUUUUUUUUCUAGUUUCAGACUUUUGUGACAGGUUGCACAUUUCUUCUUGUCUCAAUGCAAAACUUGCAUUUUUAAAGGGAAACUUUGAUCAUCCUCUAUGCUCAGAACCAAUGAGCAGUUUUCACAUGUAAAAAAAAAAACAAAUUCUAUUUUGUGCCAGUGACAAUAGUUUUUAUAUAAACAUGCAUUUUCUUUUUUUCCAUAAAAAUGGAUGCUUUUAUUUAUGUAUGUCCUCUGGAGCGCAGUCAGACCUGGUGUUUCUUUAGCGUGCUAAGAGACUCAUGUACAUAUAUGUAAGUAUCCAUGUGAAUAGCCAAAGAGCCACAGGAUUCAGUGCACAAAAGUGCUCCAAAAGUGUAUUAUUUCUGUUGUGCAUUAUUUGGUUGCUGUUCAGUCCUUUUAUGUGUCUGUUUUAUGUGGUUCCGUAAUUAGUUUUCACCAGGUUCUUGUGUCAAACUAUGUAAAUACAAACCAGAUUUUAAAUAACAUGUUUUAGAAAUCCAGUA